AUGACGUUGGUUGAAAUACUGUGGCCGGUAACAAGUGUAGGCGGGGUGGCGGGGGCCGCCGCCCACUUACCAUGCGUGGCUGCCCACCCCCGCCCAGGUGACACACCCAUCUUAGUGGUCUGGUACAAGGAUGGCGCACGCAGACCCUUCUACAUACUGGACCUGCGUGAGGGUGAGGCUCGGGAGGAGCUGAUUGAUCCCACCCUCAGAGACCGUCUUAGGGUCGAACCGGGGGGCACUCGCUUGACCCUUGACCCCGCGCGAGGCCCCGACACAGGCACCUACAAGUGUCGGGUCGACUUCAAUGACUCCCCGACAGUGUCGGCCAUCGUCACCCUCACUGUCUACGUGGUGCCGUCCCGGAUGGUAGUGCUGGACGCCAACAGUCGCCCCAUUCAAGGUGGUGUCCUGAGGUCGUUGACGGAGGGAGACGCUUUAACUCUCUACUGCAUCGCUUCAGGAGGUCGUCCGCCCCCAGAGGUAACCUGGUGGAAGGGUACGACCCUCUUGUCCAAUCGUAGCGUGAGCGUGGGUGAGGACGGUACACUGCUGGCAUCACACGAGGAGGGUGACGAUGUGGUACACACUGUGGGCGUAGGCGUGGGCGUGCGCUAUGUCAGGACCGCCCUCAUCAUCCCCGCCCUCACUAGGGACUACGCCCACGCUAACAUCACCUGUCGCGCCUCUAACAACAAUAUUACGGAGCCCAUGUCCACCACGCUCUACCUGGAGCUAUAUACUCGCCCGGCCUCGGUGGUGAUCAGGCCACCGACGGAGCCGCUAGUGGAGGGUAGUCAGACGCGGCUGGAGUGUGUGGCUGCCGGGGCUUACCCUUCCGCGGUCAUCGUGUGGGAGAAGACACUCGCAGGACGCUCUACGGUGCUGAAGGCAACGUCACUGCGACUCGGGGAGGUGACGUCGUCAUGGCUGACACUGGUGCCAGAGGCUGAGGACCACGGUGCCACCCUCACCUGCCGAGCCCACAACCCUAACAUCCCCGUCCACGCUGCCACCACCUCCACAGCACUGCAGAUUACCUUUGCGCCGAGGGUGACGCUAAGACUCGGGUACAACCUCCAGACACGGCCGGUCACCGAGGGCGAGGAUGUCUACUUCGAGUGUGAGGUGGCCAGCAACCCUCCGCCCCAUGCCAUCACCUGGUACAAGGACGGCUUGGAGGUGACGCACGACCUCAGAGGUGGUGUGUUGGUCUCCAACAACAACCUGGUGCUGCAGAUGGUGAGACGGACCUCAGCUGGCAACUACACCUGCGCCGCCACCAACACACUGGCCACCACCACCAGUAACAUUAUGGUCCUCGACAUUAAAUACCUACCGGUGUGCGUAGGUGGUCCUCAAACAGUGACCGUGGCGGAGGGGGAGGACGUACGACUCGCCUGUAGGGUAGACGCCAAACCCGAGGACGACCUCCGCUUCACCUGGUACUUCAACAACACCCUCGACACCGUGGAGGUCGAGAGACACCGCAUCCAGGUCCGCCCUGGCCUCAGCUUCCUCGAUUACACCCCGAGGUCAUCCAGGGACUACGGGAUUCUCUCUUGCUGGGCCACCAACACCGUGGGCACUCAGGCUGACCCCUGCCAGUUCACAGUCCUCGAGGCAGGUCCCCCGGAGAGAGUCGAGGAUUGCCAACUGGUUAACCACACUGGGGGUACACUGGAGGUGCGGUGUUCCCCAGGGAACGACGGCGGGCUGCCCCAGUGGUUCGUGGGCAGGGUGUAUGACGCUACCACUCACACUCUGCUCGAUACCCUAGAGGAGGCAGUGCCCAGGUUCCAGGUAGGAGGGUUGACCCCUGGCCAGGACUACCUCAUCACCAUCACUGCCAUCAACGAGAAGGGAGCCAGCGAGCCUGAGGAGAUUGAUGCUAUACGACUCAAGGUGGCCGAGAAGCGGAUGGGCGAGGUGUCGUCGGUGGGCGUGUCUCCUCUUGUGGGCGUGUUCAUUGGUCUGGUGGGCGGCUUCGUCGGUCUGCUCCUACUGGGCGUCUCCCUCACUCUCCUCCGAUCAUACAGAUGCAGGUGUCUGCGGCCCACGGAGAGUGGGCGGGAUGCGGGCGGCGUGGGGCCGCCCUCGCCGACUACCAAGACCACCCCCACCACGCCCGUCCACCACCCACAGUCUGACCCACAAGCCGGUCCUGAUGUUCUUAUAUCUGCCACCUUAGAGCGGGUGCCGUCAAGCAGCACGACCUCGCGGGCGAGGGUGGUCAGCAGUUACGGAGGCGACGACAACACCCAAGACGACACUCAAUCCAUGGCGCCCCCAGCGCUGUGGCCCAGUCGCAUGUCCUCCUCAGUCUGAAGUGAGUCGUGGCCCAUAAAAAAGGACCACAGACCACUUAGAGACCAUCGUGAGGGCCAACCAAUCCUGGUGUCAGAUGUCCAGCCUGACCCACUAGGACCCGCCCACAUCCCUUACAGGACCCCCAAGUGUAUUUUCAACUGAUCCUUCAGGAUAAAACCCAACUGAAUUCAACACAUCACGACUCUAAGUUACGGAGUUUUUCUUUUUUACAAAUCAUAACUAAAUGCCACUUCGAACAGUGUCGGAGGAUUCAACCCUGUGAGAUGUAAAGAUGUAUCACAGGACCACGACUGUACGCUGCACUGUUGUACAGUGUCCUGCAGUACAUGCAGUGUCCUGUAGUACAUUCAGUGUUGUACACUGCCCUGCAGUACAUUCAUUGUUGCACAGUGUCCUGCAGUACAUGCAGUGUUGUACACUGCCCUGCAGUACAUGCAGUGUUGCACAGUGUCCUGCAGUACAUAGUGUUAUACACUGCCCUGCCGAAUUAAAGACAGAGAUACCAGAUUGAUGCACAUGUGUGCCAGUGUUACACACGUGUACCAGAAUGUUGCACAUGUGUACCAGUGCUGCACAUGUCUCAUUCAUGUGUAUGUAUUGUUUACAAUCAGUAAGUUCCUUCAGGACCCACACAGUUCAUCCUCAAACAGCACAAAGCGACACAGGAAAAAAAAAAUUCUGAAGACAGUAAAUUAUUCUAAUUUUCACCACUUAUAAUUACCAUAAUCUACUAUACAGUAUAAAACAAAUCCACAAAUAACCCGCACAUAGGAGAAAGAAAAGCUUAUAACGACGUUUCGGUCCGACAUUGGCCAUUCAGUGUGACUUGUGAAUGGUCCAAGUCGGACCGAAACGUCGUCAUAAGCUUCUCUCUCCUAUGUGCGAGUUAUGUGUAUUGUUCCAGUCACGUGUGCCUUUUUGUUCUUUCUAAAACAGGUCAUUAAUUCAGUAAAUAAUUUACAGGAUUAAAAAAAACUUCAAUCCCUUAAAAUUAACCUCAAAUUCAUUUACUGGAAGAAAGAAAAUGAUAUUUAAAAAAGAAACUGAUCAGACUGUCACAAAAAUUUUUAAUUCAUUCGUUCCGUCUAUGAGUUUCAUAUUUGGAAUUCACAUUUUUUUUUUCCGUAAAUUUUUUUUUCUCUCAAUUUCACCUAACAUUCGUGAAAGAGUUGUGACACUCGACUGGGCGAGGUUGCGAAAUACAGCUGGUUUGGUGAUGCCACCUGCACACUGCCACGUGUUCCCUGACUCUGAAACUUGUUUCCUGAUAAUUACACGUGUUUUCUGACGAUGAAACCUGUUUUCUGAUGAUUACACGUGUUUUCUGACGAUGAAACCUGUUUUCUGAUGAUUACACGUGUUUUCUGACGAUGAAACCUGUUUCUUGACAGUUACACGUGUUUUCUAACAAUGAAACCUGUUUCCUGACAAUUACACGUGUUUUCUAACAAUGAAACCCGUUUCCUGACAACUACACGUGUUCCCUGACACCUACACAUGUUUCCUGACACCUACACAUGUUUCCUGACACACAUGUUUCCUGACACAUACACAUGUUUCCUGACACACAUGUUUCCUGACAACUACACAUGUUUCCUAACACCUACACAUGUUUCCUGACAUUUACACGAGUUCCCCAACAAGAGUUCAACUACUUUCCUACAGUAUUCACUCCCGUGAAGAGUAUUACACAUGUCAUACAUAUCACAGGUAAUACCUUCCAAGUAUCAUGUAUCAUUGAAAGUGUAUGAGGAGACUUAUGUACAUAAUUUUUUAAUGUGUAAAUAAAGUUAUGGCAGAAGUAUGUAUGUCUCAAAUAUAAGUGUGUAAUACAAGUGUGAAAAUAAAGAUAACUGUAC